ACGUUAUCAUACAUCUCUGAGUGAGGGACUGUCAAUACUGUUCAGUACACCCUUUCCAUCCCUACACAACCACCACGCCGCCACACCACACCUCGUCACGCCACGCGACGACAUCUCCUGCCUUAUAACAGUCUAAGGAUACUUCGUGUGGUACAACAACUCCUCCUGCAGGAUCCUCCCGCCCCUCCCCCCACCCCCGCAGCCAUGGUUCAGGGUACAACGGUGUGUGGGACUUUUAUCACCGGGAGGAAUCUGAACAUCGCCGUUGUAGUCCUGCUAAUGCUGCUCAUCCUCUCCACUGUCGCGAUGGGGUUGAGCAUAAACUAUCCUGAUGACCCACUCUUCAUCAAUGGGUGCGUGCUGACGGGAUUCUCAGUGAUCGGCCUGGUGUGUGCCGCAGUUUUAAGAUGCCAUGUAAAGGACCAUCCCAUGCUACCACAGACCAACAUUGUCAUGAACAGCAACGCCAUGCCCGGAAAUACAACAGUUGUCAUGAACCCGUCCUCACAUCUGCACAGUCCGCCCUACUGAAGCUAACCGUAACUUUGGGACCGGAUUCGUCAAUAUUCCUGGCGAUCGCUUAACAAUAAACUAAGGUGAAAAAUAAACACUGAUAUUUCACGAUCCUGUGUUUGUUCGAUGGUCCAAUUAGCAACAAAACUCAGUCGAAUAAAGAAAGGGGAAAAAAAAUCACGAAUGUCUUGUGCCUCUGCUUUGCGUGGUCUGUUACACGUAGGAGUAAAAUUUAAAAAUGUUCUGAAUUUAAAGUUUACAAAAAGACGCCACUGGGAGGAAAAGUUUUGUAAUUACUCCAUCAUGUAACGUCAUUUCUUUGGCCAGCCGUGCAAUUUCACUUCCUCCCGGACACUUGCUGCCUUAUACACCGAUUUUUCACGCACUUCAUUUUCCCUUCAUCCUCUUCGACCCCCCAUCCCCUCGCCCUUACUCCUUUAUAUUCCUAAUUUUUCUGUUUAUUACACAUAAAAAUUUACCACCUCAUCCACAUCGUGUUCCUCAUCACCUUGCUGUCCUGUCCACCUCGAGGCCUUCACUGUUCAUUAUCCCCGUGGUAUCUCCCUAUCAUCCCUCCAGUGUCUCCCUCCCUCACUGCAUUCUGACCUUGCCAACCUGCACCACCUCCCACGCUAGCAUUACCAGGUUCUCCAGAGACAUGAAAAUAAAAGUUAACUCUUGC